UCUUUCAUUAUUUCCAAGAUCUUUCAAAGUCUAUGCAGACAGAGGGCAUCACUUCUGAUGGUAGAUUCAGAGUAGUGUAGCUCGGAAGAUCCGUAAGAAGGGGAAGAGUGUGGACGAGAAAGAGAGGGUGCCCUAUGAACUAGCCCUCGGAGGAAACUUGGCUACGAACUUAUGGCUGUAUGAAAAAAAUAACUCUGGGAUCUUGUCUACGAGUUUCCUUCUGAUCUAAUAUCCAACGUUGUGUUAUUUCUAUCAAUACACAUUUGUUGUGGAUGUCAAUGGUGAUCAUGGAUACUCAUAUAAGAUGGAAAAUAAAACGGAGGAUAAGGAACAUGCACCUUGCCUUAGUAAUAAUUCUUUUUUUUGUAAGUUCACGAGCGAGUUCAGAACCUGCAGAUCUACUUAAGAUAUUAGACUUUCACAGUUUACCUGAAGGCGUAACAAAAGUAACAGGUCUUUGUGCACAAAGAAAGUCAUCGUCAGGACCUGAUGUAGCUUACAGAGUAGCCAAAGAUGCUCAACUCAGCGCUCCUACCAAACAGCUCUAUCCUGCCUCGGCUUUUCCAGAAGAUUUCUCUAUCCUGGCCACAGUAAGGCCAAAUAAGGGCAGCCAGGCCUUUUUGAUGUCCAUCUACAACGAGCAGGGCAUUCAGCAGCUGGGCAUGGAAGUGGGUCGCUCACCGGUCUUCCUGUACGAGGAUCACACAGGCAAGCCAAGUCCUGAAGACUACCCGCUUUUCAGCGGACUCAACUUAGCAGACGGGAAAUGGCAUCGCGUGGCUGUUAGUGUACACAAGCAGACUGUCUCCAUGAUUCUGGACUGUAACAAGAAGAUAACGAGGUCCCUGAAAAGGAGCCCACAUCCCAUUAUCGACACUAAAGGAAUUGUGGUUUUUGGAACUCGGAUCCUCGAUGAGGACGUCUUUGAGGGAGAUAUCCAACAGUUGAUGAUUGUAGCAGACCACCGAGCUGCCUUUGACUACUGCGAGCAUUACAGUCCUGACUGCGACAUGGCCGUCCCAGAUACGCCCCAGAACCAAGAUCCCAACCCCGAUAAGAAGAACCCUGACGCCUAUUACUAUGAGUAUCCUUAUGAGUACUUCGAAAAGGAAUCUGAGGAGGUGUCCUCCCUCAAUCCAGACGUGGAGACAGUGACUGUAACAGAGGACAGCGAGGUAGAAGCUGCAGCUCCAGACAGCGGCCAGGAGGUACCAGGGGAGGCAACAGGAACCGAGGAGCACACCACAGAUAUCGGAGACUAUGGCACAGAGGAUUCAUACAACUACUACGAGGAACAUAUGUCGACUCCCGAACCAUCUAGGAGAAUCAUGAUUAGCAGCAGUGUGGGUCACGGGAUGGCUACUGAUACUGAAGUGGACCUGGGACUCGGGAGCAGGAUUAACUUGGGCUUUGGAGGAGAGCUAGAGAAGGAGGUCAUCACAGAUGAUGGGCACACAACAGUCACCAUCACCCAUAACAGCACCCAUGUUGAUAAUUAUGACUACUACAAGUAUGACUAUGGGGAGUACAAUCCUGAAGGUGGCAUUUCAACCAGCAGCAGUGGUGGCUCGGUCAGCACUGGAGGCAGUUCUGUCAGCAUCGGAGGUGGUUCUGCUGAAGGUAGUUCUGUCAGCUUCGGAGGUGGUUCCACUGGUGGUUCAGUCAGCAUCGGAGGUGGUUCCGCUGGUGGUUCAGUCAGCACCGGAGGUGGUUCCGCUGGUGGUUCAGUCAGCAUCGGAGGUGGUUCCGCUGGUGGUUCAGUCAGCAUCGGAGGUGGCUCCGCUGGUGGUUCAGUCAGCUUUGGAGGUGGUUCUGCUGGGGGUAGUUCUGUCAGUAUCGGAGGUGGUUCCAGUGGUGGUUCUGUCAGUGUUGGAGGCGGCUCGUCAAGCGCCGGUGGUGGUUCUAGGAGAGCAGGGAGUGCUGCCAAUGGCCAGGGGGGCACCGAGGAUGAACAUUAUGAAGAUUUCACGGAGGAAGCCAUACCAACCGAGGAUUUAAACAAUGCCUACGAUGACGUUGAUGAUUAUACCUAUGAGCUUCCUGCAGUCACUGAUGAGCAACAUGGCCAGGUUGAUGGAAUGAGAGGAGAAAAGGGUCAAAAGGGAGAACCAGCCAUCAUUGAGCCGGGUAUGCUAGUAGAGGGCCCCGCUGGUCCCGAAGGUCCCAUAGGACUGCCAGGCUCCCCAGGAUUACCUGGCCCCUCAGGCAGCCCCGGAGAUCCCGGAGAGAGGGGUCCUUCUGGCAGACCAGGCUUGCCAGGUGCUGACGGUCUUCCAGGCCCUCCAGGGACUGUCUUGAUGCUGCCUUUCCGGUUCAGUGCUGGAGGAGAUUCUGGCCAGAAGGGACCUGCUGUGUCGGCACAGGAAGCCCAGAUGCAGGCUAUGAUGCAGCAGGCCAGGCUGGCGAUGAGAGGUCCCACUGGUCCCAUGGGUCUGACUGGAAGGCCUGGUCCUUUGGGCCCUCCAGGCGUAACUGGACUGAAAGGCGAGUUGGGAGACAGUGGCCCCCAGGGACCGCGUGGCACUCCGGGGUCCUCUGGCCCACCCGGCAAGCCCGGCAGAAGGGGCCGCGCUGGAGCAGAUGGGGCCAGGGGGAUGCCAGGACAGACCGGGGCAAAGGGUGAGAGAGGGUUCGAUGGAUUGGCUGGCUUGCCUGGUGAAAAGGGCCACAGAGGUGAAUCAGGUCCACAUGGCCCCCCCGGACCUUCAGGAGAGGAUGGUGAAAGGGGCGAUGAUGGUGAGAUCGGACCAAGAGGGCUUCCAGGUGAACCUGGGCCUCGUGGGUUACUGGGACCAAAAGGACCUCAAGGACCUUCUGGAUCUCCAGGUGUAUCUGGAAUGGAUGGUCAUCCUGGACCCAAAGGAGGGAUGGGUCCACAAGGAGAACCUGGACCCCCGGGACAGCAAGGAAACCCAGGAGCUCAGGGUCUUCCAGGUCCUCAGGGAGCCAUCGGUCCUCACGGAGAGAAGGGUCCAACAGGGAAGCCAGGCCUUCCAGGGAUGCCCGGCGCGGACGGGCCACCGGGUCACCCUGGAAAAGAAGGACCUAAUGGUGAAAAAGGACACAUGGGUCCUGCUGGUCCUCAAGGUCCAAUUGGGUAUCCUGGAUCAAGAGGAGUAAAGGGAGCUGAGGGAGUCCGAGGCUUAAAAGGAACCAGAGGUGAAAAGGGUGAAGAUGGAUUCCCCGGACCUAAGGGGGACAUGGGGAUCAAGGGUGACAGAGGAGAGCUGGGUCCUGCUGGGCCCAGAGGUGAGGAUGGUCCGGAGGGCCCCAAAGGUCGGGGCGGUCUUCCUGGGGACGCGGGUCCAAAUGGUCCAACUGGAGAAAAGGGAAAGCUGGGUGUCCCCGGGUUGCCUGGUUACCCAGGACGACAAGGUCCGAAGGGUUCUCAAGGGUUCCAAGGAUUUCCAGGGGCAAAUGGCGAGAAAGGAACAAGGGGAACAGCAGGAAAACCAGGCCCCCGUGGACAGAGAGGACCAACAGGCCCUCGAGGAGAAAGAGGUGCAAGGGGUCCGACAGGAAAGGCAGGGCCAAAGGGUGCUUCAGGCAGCGAUGGACCCCCAGGACCACCUGGAGAAAGGGGCCUUCCAGGACCUCAGGGUCCAACUGGAUUCCCUGGACCUAAGGGCCCACCUGGUCCAUCUGGGAAAGAUGGAUUGCCAGGGCAUCCUGGGCAGAGGGGUGAAACGGGCUUCCAAGGCAAGACGGGACCCCCUGGUCCUCCUGGUGUGGUGGGACCUCAGGGUCCUACAGGAGAGACUGGGCCAAUGGGAGAACGUGGCCAUCCGGGACCUCCGGGCCCACCUGGGGAACAGGGCCUACCCGGAGCCGCUGGGAAAGAGGGGGCCAAGGGUGAUCCCGGCCCGGCGGGCCCUGCUGGUAAAGAUGGUCCACCAGGCCUGCGAGGAUUUCCAGGAGAGCGAGGCCAUCCUGGUCCUGUCGGAGCUCCUGGAUUGAAGGGCACCGAAGGCCCCUCCGGCCCACCUGGACCUGCUGGUUCCCCAGGCGAACGAGGUCCUGCUGGCCCUGCUGGACCCACUGGCCUCCCAGGACGUCCAGGACCACAAGGCCCCCCAGGUCCAGCUGGAGAGAAAGGUGGACCUGGAGAGAAAGGUCCUCAAGGUCCAGCUGGGAGAGAUGGCAUCCAGGGUCCUGUGGGGCUGCCAGGCCCCGCUGGUCCUGUUGGGCCUCCGGGAGAAGACGGGGACAAGGGGGAAAUUGGUGAGCCUGGGCAAAAAGGAGGUAAAGGCGACAAAGGAGAACAUGGUCCUCCUGGUCCCACUGGACCUCAAGGCCCCAUAGGACAACCCGGACCUCCUGGAGCUGAUGGUGAGCCAGGCCCGCGAGGACAGCAGGGACUCUUUGGCCAGAAGGGAGAUGAGGGACCCAGAGGAUUCCCCGGGCCUCCAGGGCCGGUCGGCCUGCAGGGCCUACCUGGCCCCCCAGGUGAAAAGGGUGAAACUGGAGAUGUUGGUCAAUUGGGUCCACCAGGACCACCGGGCCCAAGAGGCCCUUCAGGACCCCCAGGAGCAGACGGAUCCCAGGGACCCCCUGGUGGCAUCGGCAACCCGGGACCUGUAGGAGAAAAAGGGGAAGCUGGUGAAGCAGGAGAGCCUGGACUACCAGGGGAUAAUGGACCACCAGGCCCUAGAGGUGAGCGAGGAGAAAAGGGUGAAGCUGGCCCUGCUGGUUCUCCUGGACCUCUAGGUCCUAAAGGUCCUCCUGGAGACGAUGGUCCCAAAGGUAGCCCUGGUCCAACUGGUUUCCCUGGAGAUCCUGGUCCCCCUGGAGAACCUGGUAUUUCUGGACAAGACGGCCCCGCUGGAGAUAAAGGAGACGACGGGGAAGCUGGUCAGCCAGGCUCUCCUGGGCCUACCGGUGAAUCGGGACCUACUGGUCCACCUGGGAAGAGAGGUCCUCCUGGGGCCAUUGGACCUGAGGGAAGACAAGGCGAAAAAGGAGCCAAGGGUGAGUCUGGUUUGGAAGGCCCACCAGGCAAGACAGGCCCAGUAGGUCCACAAGGAGCUCCUGGAAAACCGGGAUCUGAAGGUCUUCGGGGUAAUCCUGGCCCAGUUGGAGAGCAAGGUCUUCCAGGCUCAACUGGACCAGCGGGACCACCUGGACCCAUGGGACCCCCUGGAUUACCCGGUUUGAAAGGUGACUCUGGUGUUAAAGGUGAAAAGGGUCAUCCCGGUCUGAUUGGCCUGAUCGGCCCUCCGGGGGAGCAGGGAGAGAAAGGCGACCGAGGCCUUCCAGGUCCUCAGGGGUCAUCGGGUCUGAAAGGCGACACUGGUAUCGCUGGUCCCUCAGGGCCUCUUGGCCCCAUCGGACCCCCAGGAUUACCGGGUCCCCCAGGUCCAAAGGGUGCCAAGGGUUCGACUGGUCAAACUGGUCCUAAAGGUGAAACCGGUACUCCUGGACUACCAGGCCCUCCUGGCCCCCCUGGAGAUGUCAUCCACCCCCUGCCCAUCCAGUCCAGCCCCAAGAGAAGCAGGAGGAAUAUUGACGGCAGCCAGCUGAUGGAUGACCCCAAAGCCGACGGAUACAAAGACUAUGAUGACGGCAUGGAGGAGAUCUUCGGCUCUCUCAACUCACUCAAGCUGGAGAUUGAGCAGAUGAAGCACCCCCUGGGCACGCAGAAUAAUCCCGCCCGGACCUGUAAAGAUCUGCAGUUGUGCCAUCCUGAUUUCCCUGAUGGGCAAUACUGGAUUGACCCGAAUCAGGGCUGUGCUCGUGAUGCCUUCAAGGUUUAUUGCAAUUUCACAGCUGGUGGAGAAAGCUGCAUCUACCCAGACAAGAAGUCUGAAGGAGCUAGACUCACUUCCUGGGCAAAGGAGGUUCCUGGGUCCUGGUUCAGUGAAUUCAAACGCGGUAAACUGCUAUCCUAUGCGGAUGCGGAGGGCAACCCUAUUGGGGUGGUCCAGAUGACCUUCCUGCGGCUGCUGAGUGCCGCUGCCCGGCAGAACCUCACCUACAACUGCUACCAGUCAGUGGCCUGGCACGACUCGGAGCUUGACAGCUAUGACAAGGCCAUCCGCUUCCUGGGCUCGAACGACGAGGAGAUGUCCCAUGACAACAACCCCUACAUCCGUGCCGUGGUGGACGGCUGUGCAUUGAAAAAGGGUUAUGAAAAGACUGUACUUGAGCUCAACACGCCAAAGGUGGAACAGGUGCCAUUUGUUGACGUCAUGUUCAGUGAUUUUGGUGGAGCCUUACAGAAGUUUGGAUUUGAAGUGGGUCCUGUCUGCUUCAUCGGAUGAGACACUGUUCCAGGAAAUUCUAUAUAUAUAAUUAAAACAAAUUGACUAAAAUAAAGUGAACAGCCCGACAUCUCACAUCUGUAAAACAUUGUCUCCAAAAAUAAACAAAAAAAAAACAUCAAGACAAGGAAAUAAAUGUUCAAUAAAAGAAUAAAAACCGCAACCUUGCAACCUCAGUCUGCCUUCUCCAUCACACACAGGUUUUGAAAGCUGUCAGUUGUUCGCUAACCACUUGAUUCUCUAUGCCCUGCCUUCCUUUCUCUGCCUGUGUCUCUGCCCGUGUCUCGGCAAACUCUGUGGUAUCGAUCAGGUUGCUCUGAAGCAUUAAGAAAACUCCAAAGUGAGUGGGACCCUCACUAGUCUCUAUCGUCAGGAUUUCCUUCUGAUUUCAGUUUCCAUGCUUCAUUUUAUCCAAAUGGCUGCCUGUUCUUUGCAAUGGUGCUUACAUAUAAAAUAUUAUAUAGAAAUAUAAUAAAUUUUGUUUGGUAUGUUUGUAAGUACGUUUUGUAUAUUUUUUUCCUGGAAAUGUAUAUUGAUCCUGGCUUGAAAACAUGCGUUUGGGUACCUUUUACUAAGAGUGAGAUAACAAGAAAACGGAAAAUUAAAGGGACGGCUUUGGGUGUAAAAGCACAGAGUUUUUACAUCCAAAGCUCACAAGUACACGGUGCUGCUGUCUGAGCACUAAUGUGCCACUUAAAUAGCCCCUUCUCCAGCACAUCCAUGUUUAUCCUCUGAGAAUAUUCAUAGGGCAAGAUUGCAUCAAAUUUGUAAUAAAAAGGGUUACUGGUGCUAUUUUAAUGUUUGUUUAAGGUGCUCAGUAUUUACACUUUAAUUCUGAAGUUAAAUACUGCUGAUCAGUCUCCUAAAAAGCUUUCAGAUCUUAUCCCCGUAAUAAUGGCAUUUUUUGAAUUUAUAAAAUCUUUGAUUAUGCCUAAUAACAGUGUUUUUUCGUCCAUCCAUCCAUCUUCUGACCGCUUUACCUUGAGCAGGGUCACAGGGGGACCUGAAGCCCAUCCCAGGCAGCACAGGGCACAAAACAGGGGUACAUCCUGGAUGGGAUGCCGGUAGAAAAGUGUAUGUACUUUUUAAUGAACCCUUUAAUGAAAAGGUGUCUGAAAUUGCAAUAUUGGACCAUGGGGGGAAAAAAGCAGAUCCGAAAACUGUCCUGAAAAUGGUGCUAAUUUAUGUUACAGUUGUGGGCAAUUGAGAUAUGUUUUCUGUAUUGUGAUUUUAUAUGUUAUGAGUUUUUUUGUAUAUGGAUCUCAGUGAGAACUGUGUAUACAAAGAUCUAUCUACACACACAGGUGUCCAGCGUAGGCGAGUCUCAUUACUUUCACUUGAAGUUUUAAAACACUGCUGGAAACUUCACAUGUGAGUUUUCUGUUCUGUGACAAUCGGCUAGAAUUCCAAAGUAGCUGGCAGAAAAAGAUGAAGUCAAUUGCUUGUAAACAGAAAUCCUUGCUUGACAUAACUAAUGAUCUAAAUAGCUGUGCUUCUUUGAGGAAUUUGAAAACAUAGAUGGUGCUCUUUCCAUCAGUUUACAAACAAGGGCUGCAUGCAAUCUUUCAUUUUGCAGGUAUCGGUUUCAGUGGCGUGUUUUGAUUUUUCCUGGCUUAAAGUUGUACAAAUAAUAAUAAAUUACCGGGUAUGUAUAUUACUUAAGACUGGGAUUCCCAAAUUACCUUGUAGACUAGUCAGACAAAAUAACACCUCUUUUUUAAAAAUAAAAAAAUAAAAUAGUAAAUAAAAACUUGCCUGGGGCACGUAAUUCUGUUUUAUGAUUUUUACAUUUUUUCAUUAUUUUGGCCAUCGCUGUAGUGGAUUGACGUGAGUUUCACUUACAGCAAAUCUUGUACCUUUGACCACUUAGUCUCUACUACAUACAUGCUUUACUGUUCAUCAUAAAUUACUCUUUUUCUAUUUGAAUAUAUGUGACUUGAACCAUUUCUAUUAAAAUAUGUUUCUAUUAAAACUAUGGAAUAUGUGUAUUUUCAUGCAGUAUGUCAUGUUCAUUGUUUUCCUGUCAGUAAAUUUAUUUUUGAAAUCACCCGUGCUGCCAUUUUUAAAUCUGUUUCUUAGUUUUUAUGGUCUAGUCAAACCUGUGUAAGCACAGAAGAAAUUUUGCUGUUUGACAAUAAAUUCAAAGUUACUGUGCCCCUUCCACUUUACCGUGUUCCACUGUUUGUAUGUUUAUCAAAGCAUUAAAAUCUGUAUGCAUGAACUGUAAGUUUUUUUUUCUUUUCUUGUAUUUUGGAAUAACAUAAAGGAACUAUUUUAAAAUAUUCUAAAUGUUUUCAGCUGCUAUUUGAGCGAAAAGGCAUGUUAAUUGUGAAAAGUAGCGAGGAAGAUAUUGUAAGUUGAACCAAACAACCUUUUAAUUUGUAGUAUAUUUAUUGUAUUAUUUAAGAAAAUAAAUGUAAAUUUACACGA